AUUUUAUUUUCCAAUAAUAAUUGGACCAUAAAUUAUUCUAUUGGGCUUGAACGCCACCUUCUAUUAGAAGGGGAUUGGCCCAAGAAAGAGCCCAUGGGCCUUGGUGCCAAAUUCUGAAAGAUGACUGACGAGGUUGGCAGCAAUGCCGCGAAAGCUCCAUAGACCAAACACCCAUGGAGCUAUCCCUAAUCUCCUGUCGCCAUUCCUGUUCCUCCUGUUUCUAUUCCAUUCCAUCUGAACCCUGAAGAACCCUAACUUUUUCUUUUUCUUUUCGGGGUUAGUUUUAUUUAUAAUUUUAAUAAUUGUUUCUGAUCUCUGAACAGCAAAUAGAGAAGGGAAAGAAGACGAGCAAAGAAGAAGAAGAUGGUGAUGUUCACAGCCAAAACCCUACCCACUUCCUAUCCUCACUUGGCUACCAACAAAAACCUCACAGUCCCAAAUUCUAGCCCAAAUCUCUCCUUCCCCAUCAAAGCCAGUUCCCCAUUUUUCACUCUCUCGGACCUCAAGCUGCCGUCUCUGUCAGCCUCGGCUUCAGCCUCGCCGCUGGCAUUGACGGAAGAAUCAAAAGCUGAGUCUCCGGACAGAACCUCGGCCUUGUCCCGCGUCGACAUCCUCGCAGAGUCAUUGCCGUUCAUCCAGAAGUUCAGGGGCAAGACCAUCGUCGUCAAGUAUGGAGGCGCAGCCAUGAAAUCCCAACCCCUCCAAGCCUCCGUCAUCAACGACCUGGUUCUCCUCUCCUGCGUCGGCCUCCGCCCCGUCUUCGUCCACGGCGGAGGCCCGGAGAUCAACCUUUGGCUUGGCCGCCUCGGCCUCAAGCCUAAUUUCCUCAACGGUCUCCGCGUCACCGAUUCCUCCACCAUGGAAAUCGUCACGAUGGUCCUCGUCGGCAAGGUCAACAAGCACCUGGUUUCGCUUAUCAACAAGGCCGGCGCCACCGCCGUUGGCCUCUCUGGCAUGGACGGUCGCCUCCUCACCGCGCGCCCCAACCCCAACUCCGCCCAGCUCGGCUUUGUCGGCGAGGUCAGCCGCGUCGAUCCCACCAUCAUCCGCCCGCUCAUCGACAACAAUCACAUUCCGGUGAUCGCUUCUGUGGCGGCGGACGAUGCCGGGCAGUCGUACAAUAUCAAUGCCGACACGGUGGCCGGGGAAUUGGCUGCGGCGCUAGGGGCGGAGAAGCUUAUUCUGCUGACAGACGUGCCCGGAAUCCUCGAGAAUCGCGAUGACCCGCAGAGUUUGGUGAAGGAGAUUGAUAUAAAGGGGGCUAAGAAGAUGAUGGAAGAUGGGAAGAUUGCUGGUGGGAUGAUUCCGAAGGUUAAUUGUUGUAUGAGAUCACUAGCUCAAGGUGUGAGGACGGCGAGCAUCAUUGAUGGCAGGGUUGAUCAUUCCUUGCUGUUGGAAAUUCUCACUGAUGAAGGUGCUGGAACUAUGAUUACCGGGUAACUUAGAUUAAUAUUUCCCAUGAAGCUUCUGAUGACUUGAUGCAAUAAGAGUUUCAGGGGGACAAAAAGAGAAUAUAACCUUGAGCUUGUCUGUCACCGUGUAGUAAGGUAUAAGUUCUUCAUCAAUAGGUUUUGGGAGGAAUCUGUGCCUGUUAGAUUUCUUCCCGUCCAUGUAGCAGUUGCAGUGUUUGAUUAGUGUACCACCUCUACUGUUUUCUUUCCCCUUUAAAUGGUAAUGAUGGGUUGAAUUAUAUCA